GACGUUUUGACUUUUCCGGAUGCGGUUGACGUCACCACACGUUUGUUGUAAACAUGGCGUCCGUGACAACAGCCACCUCAGAGUGGAUUCAGUUUUUUAAGGAUGCAGGGAUCCCAGCCGGCCUCGCUGUCACUUAUGCAGUUUCCUUUGUGGAUAAUAGAAUUCAGAAGAACAUGCUGAUGGACCUCAGUAAAGACAUCAUGAUGGAUCUCGGCAUUACAGUCAUUGGGGACAUCAUUGCCAUUCUUAAACAUGCCAAGCAGGUCUACAGGCAGGACAUGUGCAAAAUGGCAACAGAAGCCAUCUCCUCAGGACAGACCAGUGUUCAAGCUGAGCUCAGAAGAACCGCCAAUACUCCUGCCACUCGCAUGAUUGCCAACGCUUUGAGCCAUGAAUCCCCGCCGGCCACUCCAGCUCGUCGACCCGACAGUCGCCUCUCUGUUACGGUGUCCAACAUGCAGGGAAAUAAGAGUAACAAAGCAGUUGUAAGUCAACCAGCUGACGAGGGGAACGGUUUGCCAGCAGUGAAGCGCCGGCGAGUGACAGCUGAGAUGGAAGGCAAGUACAUCAUCAACAUGCCAAAGGGCACCACGCCUCGUACACGCCGAAUCCUGGCCCAGCAGGCCAAGAAAGGUUUAAAACGCACCUCUGUGUUUGCAAGACUUGGAGCUGAAUCCAAAGCAGACACAACAACGAGCAAUAACAAGCCUACCGGUGUGUUCAGUCGCCUCGACACAGGGGACACAGAUGAAGACAGACCGAGGCCAGGAAAUCUGACUGGAGACAUGGAUGUAGAUGACGAGGACGACAGUGACGGAGAAGGCUCUGUCCUGCAGUAUGCUGGCGUCCUCAAGAGGCGUCCUCCAUCCCAGAAGAAAGAACCAGCCACGAAAGCGGCCCCGACCACCCUGCGGCGCCUGGGAGGCAAAUUCAAACUACCUCCCUCUGACACUCCCACUUCCUCCUCUUCUUCCCCGAAUGGCCUUCCCCCUGCCAAGAUUAGUGUUCUUCAGAGACUGGGCAAGCUCCCCGCCACAAACGCUGCCGUGUCGCCUGUACCGGCCGACACGCAGGACAACAGAGUGACCAGCACCAGACCCAGAGCACCGGAGAGGUCGACUGUAGCAAACUCCAAGGUCAGCAGCAGCACUAUAGGCCUUUCAGCAGCAGCAGGAGGAGGAGGAGGAGGAGGAGAGUCAGUAGGGGCUCAGAUGGACGUUAAGGCCAUCAGUGUUUUUAAGAGACUGGGCAGUAAGAGAACCUAACGCACUCCCCAAAAAUCAAUAAGACUCUCAAAACAUUCUUUAAAGAAUUUGUAUUGCCACCUUUUUGCAUUUAUCUUGCUAAAUGCAGGACUGCAGAUUAUUAUUAUUGUUAUUAAAAUGAGUUUUUUUUCUUAGCCUUGAUGUAUGGACACUUUAAAUGCGGCUUUGAAGUUGCUAAACCUAAUUGAGGCUGCCAUUGAGAAAUCACCUUCGUCUCGUGUCCAAGCUUUUAAUUUGGUGACUCGCGUGUAUUAUGUUGCUCCACCACAACGCAUUUUAUCGUGUCUCGAUCAUAUCUGCCAUUUAUCGUGCUUUAGAAAUAUGUAUUUGUGAACUUAAGGCAUGAGCAUGACGUCAACCAAACUGCCACGUUGGCGGUUUUGAUUUUACCCCGUAACUCCACAUAUAAGGAUGCUGCUGCCUAAACUACCCGUUUUUAGAUUUCUCCUGAGUGAACACACUUGAGCUGUAGAAAGUGUUGCUUCUACCAGAUGAAUUAUGCGAUUUUUGUUUAUAUUUGCCUGAACGUUAAAUAUUUCCCAAAAACUUUUAAGUAAAAUGUACAGAUUUUUUUUCCCCACAAGGUAAACACCAGGACAGCAGUCGGACACAGGACUAGCCAUGAAGUAAGAGUUAAGUCUUUCUGUUCUUGUUACUUUCAACUGAAAAUUACCUCCUGUUUCUUGUUUGGAAAGUAGGAAAUGUGUAAAAGUGUUGAUGAAAGGCUCCUGAGCUUUGUUCCUGGACUUGUGAGCAAAAAAAAAGAAUUCUAAAUGGUUACACAGAACAACCUCGUCGAACACUUGAAUCUCGAAAAAGCACCACACCUCCUCCUCUUCUUCUGCGCUUUGUAGAAGUUCACACCUCUGAGCUUAAGUCAGCUUUUCUACCAUAGUACUGAACAUUUUCUAUAACCACCUACUUGAAAGCCGGAUCAGUAGAAUAUUGUUUAUUUUGAAAUGCAAUGUAUAGAUUUGUUAGAGUUGAGUUCACACAGCACAGAACCUGUUCUGCUGCAUAUUUUUCUAUGUGGGCAUUCUUGUAUCAUGUAUCCAAGUAAAGAAACUCAGAGAUGCCAUCGGACCUGGUGUCAGGGGGCCACUACUGUAGCUCCAGUAGGUAAUUCACCCUACCCAGUGUGGGUCAUUCACACCUGUAUACUGUUUUGGUCCGUCACACUUCACACCAGAACUUUGUUACACUGUAAAUAUUUUUAAAUAUUUAAAAUCACAUUAAUGAAUUUUUAUCAAGACACAAAGUAGAACCAAACGCACCGUUAACUGUCAUGUUUUUUUUAAAGAUAUUGAGGGGAUAAAAAUCUGAAUUUGAACAAAAUGUGCUUGGAAAAUAAUUAAAUGGGAGAAAAGAA